GGAUUGGCUCGAGUAACUGGCCGUUAUAAAAGAGCAUACAAACUUUUUACCUCAUUUUUGAGAGCGAGAGAGAACAAGAAAACGAAAAAAAAAGAAAAAAAACCAAGUUAGAGUGAGAGAACGAGGGUAUGGUCAGAGUUGAAAGAGGAGCGGGGGAAAGGGUGGGGUUCGCUUCAUUCUACCUUCCGAGAAAAUAAUCGAUCGCGCGACGCGUAUGAACAAAAUUGCUGACCGUUAUAAAAUUUGAUUUCCGAAAAAUCACGGGCAAGAUCGAUUAACGAUGCUUCGUUUUAACGUUUGACAUGAAUAACGAUAAAUCCGCGUUGAUAGAAAUCCGGAAAAGAGCCAUUUUGAUCGCAAGAGAUUGUGUGAGGGCUAUUCGGGCGUUGAGUGUCGAAAAUAUCGUAUUUUGUCCCAUUCCUUGCCCCCCGCAUUCCAAAAAUGAUUCAGUGUUAGGGAGUGUGAUAUAAUUUGAUUAAUGAGCAAGUAAAACGAGUACAGAGGUCAAUCAUUGGAGAUAUGCAAAUCGUGAUUAUUAUUAUUAUUAUUAUUAGAAUAUAAAUAGAACGAGCCAAUCGUGACAUCAUUGUGAUUUUGCGCGGAGGGCCGGAAGGGGAAUUUGUGGCUACAGAAUGGGAGAAGUUGAGAGCUUUCGAUUGGUCGGGAAGAUCGGAAACUCCAGGUUUUUAGUGGUUAGUGGUGGGGUGAAUGCUGAAAAAAAAGACUGAAACAAAAUCGAGGCUACAUGCGCGAAGUACGGUGCGCAAACGAACUUGUCGCCAGUCGGAGCUAUUCGUGAGCACAGACCGUGUUGCCACGCAGGAUUGAAUUUUAGCAUUCGCAUUUUUGCCAAUAUCUUUAGCGUACGAACGAAUAAUAUUUUCACGAAAUUUCAUAUACAUCAUUCACUUUGCUUGACUAAUAGCGUUAAUCCAAAGAGCUCAUCUUACAAGAAUAUUUAUGCAGAGGGCACGUAGGAGGAAGAACAAAACUUGAAAUUGUAGAGAAUUUGACUGAUUUUCGUACUAUGAUACUGUUAUCGGGAAGUUUCGUCGGCUAGAGUUUUAACCACAAGGAUUACGUGCAAAAAUCGUCAAAAUGCCGCGAAUAGAUCCGUUUCAACUGCUCAAAUGUCUGAGCGUUUUGCUGGGACCUACGGGCGGGAUAAAGAGCAAAGAAGAGGUGCAUCGUUUGGCCAAUUUAAUGACCAAGUUCUCCAAGAAGCUCGUCUCAAAAUGCAUCUACAUACAAAUUCUCAAGACAACGAACACCGAACUUCUGAGCCAAUUCAUGGACGCAGGAGGUUGGAGUCUCGUUCACAUGUGGCUAACGGACGGUAUAGUAGCGAAAAAUUGGGCCCUGAUACAAGAAUUAUUGGAACUGUUGCAUCUGUGCCCGGUGAAGAUCGAGCGAUUGAAAAGCAACAAUUGUCCAAAGUUGAUAAAGGGUUUAUCGAAGGAAGUGUCGCACCAGGGUGUCAGAUUAUUAGCGAGUCGCUUGGUCGAGCAAUGGUUGAAGAUUGUCAAGGGGGAGGCGGCGCCGAAUUCGGUACCGGCGCAAAUAAUAGGAACGAACAAUUCGCAGAACCCGAAUUCUGUGAUGCAGGCAGAACAUUAUACGAUAGUAGACGGAGGGAACAACGCGGGGGAGGAAACGGGCGAGACGACGACGACGACGGUCAAGGUGCAAGAUCUUGAGCCAACGACGAACAACUAUACGAUAGAAACGAACCCGUUGCCUUCGCAGCCGAUGCAACUGCACAUUUUGAAUCCGUCGGCUGUACCGACGACACAGACGCACCAACAGCAGCAAGUCCAGCACAUCACGAAGCAAUCUUACGUUGUAGUGGGCAACGGAACUUCCGUAAUGCCCUCCGGUCCUGUUUGCAAAAUAACGAUUCGCGACGGCAAUCAUGUGCUCGUUAAGGUCGAGACCGACGCGGCGAAUAUAAACAACGCGAUGAAUUCGUGUCACGAGAUGAACGGAGAAACGGAGAAUGAGACGGGGCCGAUGGAGCAGCAGCAAAAUGGUGGGAACGAGGAGGAAAUGACGGUCGAGCGACUGGACGACGAGACGUACGAAGCCGCGUCCGAGGAAUUGUCCUAUGAAACCAAAGCAUCGCCGAAUUUACCGAAACACGCUGAGUCGAGCACGAAAAAUAAAGAGACGAAGGAAAACGCUAGCAGCGAUUCAAACAAAUCGAGCGACAAAGAAAAUCGUGAUUCUCAUAAGACUGACGAUAAAAAAUCGAGCAUUAGCAGUAGUGCAGAUAAAAAGAGCAGCAGCUCAAGCUCAAAGAGCAGCUCGUCGAAACACGGCUCGAGCUCUCAUCGUUCAAGCUCUUCGAGCUCUCACCGUUCGUCACAUCGCUCUAGUUCCAGCAGCACGAGAAGUUCGAGCUCUAAGUCUUCCAAGGACAAGGACAGACAUCAUUCCUCGUCGUCGAGCAGCAGACACGGCUCUUCCUCGUCGUCGUCGACGUCGACCACUAAGAGCAAAUCCGAUCGGGACAAGGAACGCGAGAAAGAAAAAGAAAAGUUGAAAAAAGAUCAAGCCGACAAGGACAAAGCUACUCUCGAGAAAGUUCAGGCUCAAGCUUUGAGCUCGAAAUUGGGUAAAAUACCGAAGAAAAAAGCCGAGGACGAGAAACAGAGCUCGACCGGUGAAUCCGGGCUGAGAAAAUCGUCGACCGAUUCGAAGGACAGCUCCAAAGAAAACAAAGACAAAACCGAGGCGAAGAAGAACAUCGUCAGCGGAAAUACAACCAUUUUGGAGAAGAAAAAUAUUUCUAUUUCUAUAGAAAAUCGAAAAAAUUCACUCGACUCCGCGCGACCUAAAACCGUUAAAACUUUCAACUCCAAGUUUAGAUCCACAGGUCUCGAGGAAGAGGUCAAACCUCCACCGCCCCGAUCAGUAGCAAAAAAAGCAACCGGAAAUAUCGUCGAGAAAAAAAUUAUUCCGCCCAAACCGUUGACCACGCUCAAAAGAACUUCACCGCUACGCGAAACUUCUACCCCCGCUGACAAAAGAGCUAAACUGUCGCUCGAUCCACCCGCUGAACCCACCGAGGAGAAAAAAGGCGCUAUCAAACUCAUAUCACCAAAACCUAAACCAAUGGUUUUGCAAGAAAGCGACAUGUUUAUGGACGCGUUGAUGACGGCGUCAACGAAGAGCAAAGAGCCGAGAAAACGGAAUAAGAGAAAAGCUUCGAUAUCGAAGGACAGUGGGACCGCCGACUCGAAGAAAUCGGAUCAUACGAAUUCUGACGGUCACGAGUCUCCAUCCCAGAAUCCGUCUUCGCCACAGACAGCCGAAGACAGAUCACCAAUUGCGGUGAAGCCUAAUUUCAAAUUUUAUCAGGAUACUCUUGAAACAGACGAGGACAAAGAAGACAAGGAAGAUCUUGUAAAAAAGAUCAAAGAAGAAGACGCCGAGGAGAUGAAGUUGGACGCUGAUGGGAAUGAGGAUUAUGAAACGAGCGUUUCUAAUCUGGUUAAAACGGAAAUGGCAGCGUUAGCUGUCAAAGCUGAUGCGAAAGACUCGGAAGAAGAUUCGGAGGAAUCAAAAACGUUGGCGUCCCCAGAGGGCGAAGAAACGGGCGGGGAUGGUAGCAAUUUCGUUAAAAAAGAAGACAGGAGUCUGAGCCCGCAACCAGAAAUUCGGUACGUCGACGGUUUGCGAAGCGUUUUGUUGUUACAAAAGCGCAAAGGUCCCAAAAAGAAUCUCAAGUGGAAGACGGAUUUAGAAUCGAUCCGUUACUUCGAGUUGGACGAAACCGAACGAGUCAACGUUACCAAAACAUUUACGGAUAUGAAACAGAUGGAAAAACAAAACGAACGCGAGGCUUUCCAAAUGGCGAGAAAGCUCAGCUCGGAGGAUGUUAUGGAGGAAAAAACAACGUGGAAACCUUUGAUUCCAAUCGACCUACAAGCUCCUCUGGUUGAGCCUGGAAAAGACAGCAGAGAAAAAGAAAUUCAGUAUGCUCGAGAAAAAGGAAUUCUCCAAGCUCUUUACUUCAACCGAAGCAUGAUCCCUGAUUCGCCGGCUGAACCGGACGAAGAGCGUCACCACAUAAUGACCGACCCGAAGAUAAUACCGUUGGAAGAUUUGACGGGAAACAAAGACAGCGAGAAGGAUUUCACGGGAGUGCCAUGGCCGGAGCCAAAACCAACGUUGCCGCCCCCCGCGCCGGUAAUGCAGGCGCCUGGUUAUCAUUUCCCACCGGGUUAUCCGCACAGUCAGCCGCCGAUGAUGCCCCCGAUGGGACCACCGGGGCCGAUGGGACCGAUGCCUCCGAUGCCGCCGGGGCCGAUGAUGGGUCCCAUGAAUCACAUGGGACCGCCGGAUAUGAGCGGUGGACCGAUGGCAGGGCCGAUGAGCAGCGGAGGUGGAGGCGGAGGCGGUGGGGGCGGGGGUGGAGGCGGUGGAUGGAGAACAGGAGACGGAAAAGUAGUUGUUCCCGAUGUUGGAAUGAAUCCUAUGCAGCAACCGAUGCCAAACAUGCCGGGAGGUUUUCCUCCAGGAAUGGAUGGUCCGAUGGGCCCGCCAGGCAUGAUGGGACCACCGAUGUUCAAUCAACCGGAAGGAUACGGGAUGAUGGGCCCGGAUGAUAUGGGUUACGGUAAUUUUCAAGGGCCACCUGGUCCCCCGGGGAUGUACGGUCCCCCGGGGCCAAACUUCCCAGGAGGGCCACCGAGAGGCGGGGGCCCGAUGCACGGAAACAGAGGUCGAGGCUCGGGUCCCGGCUGGUUCAGGGGCGGCGGCCCCGGUGGUGGACCCAUGGGCCCUCGCAUGGGCGGUGGCGGCUGGAGAGGCGGAUGGCGAGGAAACGGUAAACAACCACCGAUCUGUCGGCAAUUCACGAAAAAUGGCUUUUGCCGCGUCGGAGAUAAAUGCCAGUACCUUCAUCCGGGUGUAAAUUGCCCGCCGUUUUGAAAUCCACCUAUGGGACCAUCGCAAUUCGGAAAUUUCUUCUUCUCAGGAUGAUUUUCAUGAUAAAAUGCGAAAGAAAGGCGCUGCGCAAACCACGAAGACUCAAUGUAUAUAAAUAUUUCCAUUUUGUUCGUACUGGAGAUUGAAUUGUUGUACGGUGACAAAAGUCUCUCUCGAUCUUUCGCUCGGUUUUAAUAUCGGCUCCGGUUUCUGACUCGGUUCUCAAAACCUCUGGCGGGACAUUGAAUUUUUAACUUUUAAUGGCAUGAAGCCAUUCGAAUUCGCAUCGGUCACUUGUGUCUCUAGCCGAGAGAGAGAGAGAGGAGAGAGAGAGACGGAAGGCAAGGGAGAAAGAUAGCAGCGGUGUCUUCCUCAUGAAGAAUUACUGUGAAAGCCCGUGAAACGUAAUUGCGUUAGUCUCCGAUGAAAGUCUUCGAAAGUCAUGAUUUUCCUGGUACGUGUAAAAAUACAGAAAAUAAAAUAUGCGAAAGCUGUGAUAGGGCUGACGAGUGGAAAAAAUUUCCACCGACUCUCGUCAGAACUCUCCAAAUGAUCGAUAAAUCCACCGGUAUUCUCUCGCUAAGGGUUUCUAUGUUAAAAUGAUUUCCAAGAAAUCAUGUAUGCCUAUCUCAUUUCGCCAUUCAAAUGUUUUACUGUCGAUUUACCAGAGUAUUUAAGCGGCAGCCGGAAUCGAGGCGAUUUAAAAAUGGCAAAACUUUGAAAUCAAGAGAAUAUUUGCAUUUGUCGAUUAUUCUGUAUUAAUAUUUAAAAAUGCACUGGAACACCAAAAGUUCAAACGGCGAAAACUACCAAUUGUCAUUAGGCAACCCUCAGUUUUUAUUGACUCUGUACAUUCGUGUAAAUAUCCGUUUUUAUUAUCAAUUUGAUUAUUAUUUUUAUUUUAUUUUUCUUUGUUUUGCCUUAAUCUUCUAGUUCUAAUACGUCGAGACUGUUCUAGACUUAAGAAGAGUGAUCGAUACGAAAGCUUUGAGAUGAGUGUGUGAUUUAUGAUAAACAAAACUACAGCAAUAUUGUCCACCUGUAUAUAUGCAUAUAUGCAAAGAAAAAAUUUAUAUAAAAUAGAUAAUCCACGCAGAAAACGCAGGCAAUAAGAUACGUUGCAAAAUGAACAAAUUAAACGUUAUUGAACUAUUUGUCAGAGACGUAUGCGAUUCUUAUUUAAAAUAAAACAAAAGCGACCACAUAAAUAUUAUACAAAUAUAUAGCUUUUGAAUUGUAGUAUUGUACGAAUCGAAAAAAAAAGGAUAAGAUUUUUUACGAUUUUGCGUUAAAAGUAUUUGUUUUUUUUUGUACUAUUACAUGGUCGAUCGUUAAGUUUGUAUAUAAUAUCGAUUGUUGUAAAAGAUGCUGCUUGGUAAAAAAAAACAAAACAAAACAAAACAAAAUACACCAGUUAUAUAGUUAUUUUUAAAAUUCAGUUUUCACUUAUUUCUCCAUUUUCACAAUAAAUUAUCACUAAUUAUAUGAUAUUUUUCGUAGGGGAGAAAUAAAAAUAACAGAAUUAUUGAAAACCAA